AUGUCUGGGAGAGAGCUGCUGCUGCUGCUGGCAGCAAUGGCAACUCUGGUUGCUGCCGGAGGGGCAGAGCUGAAUGAAGGGGGUGGCCUGAGAAGGCCGGUGUGUGAAGACCUGGCUCACCUGCAGGCCUGCCCCCUCCUGUACUUGCCCAUCUGUGGGACCGAUGGCAACACCUAUGCCAAUGAAUGCCAGCUCUGUGUGGAAAAAAUGAAAACCAGGCAAGACAUCCGGAUUUUGAAAGAUGGGGAGUGUCAAGAUACCUGA